AUUCACCUCAAGUAAUUCUUAUCUCAGAAGCAACCGCCAUUUUGGCUUAGCGCGGCCGUGUGACAUGUGCGUGGUAAAUGGCCUCCGGUUUACGUCCUUUCGGAAGCAGCGUGAUGACGCAUUUCCUUUGGCGCCAACGGGGUAGAAUUCAAAACCUGUGCGGCAAACCGUUGCCAGUAUAGUGGCUGCUGAUGUGCUGUAUGGGAGUACUUAUUGCACUGUUUGUAGCUGUCCCUUUAACACAAAUACAGCGAUGUGGGACUUCGCGGUGCCAGUGUGUGUGCGUGAUUUGGUGAAGACCGGGGGUGUUGAUCAAUAUGUGGUUCAGGACGUUCUCUCCCCCAAACAGCUGCCUUCCCACUUAAACAGUUUUAAGACUGCAAUGAGGACCCAGGGUCCACUGUGUAUCCUGGAGCAUUUUGAUACACUGUACAGCGUCUUGCAGCACUUCCAGGCAGUAGAUUUGGCUGUUAAAGAAGACGCAUUAGAGUUGCUCAUACAAGUGGUGAGCGGUCUCUCGGUGUCCCUCCCAUCCCUCCUCCUCUCUACCUCUCUGUCUGCUGUGGACAGGAAGCAGCAUCUCAAUGCAGUGAAGAUGGGUGUGUUCCUGCUCUGCAAGCUUACAGAGUGCCUGGAGAGCGACUCUUGCAGGCAGAGUAUUGUCACUGCACCAAGCAAGGGCAACAAAAAGGGCCGGGCUGGCAGUGAAUCUCAGAUGCACUGGGAUGCGGAGAGGGAAACAGUACUCCAGGUUCUCAUCCAGCUACUACAGCUGGACAUCAGGUCUCUGUGGAGCCUGUCUCUGGUGGAGGAGGAGUUUGUCAGUUGUGUGACAUGUUGUUGCUACAAACUUCUUGAGAACCCCACCAUCAGCCUUGUGAGGAGCAAGGCCAGCCGUGAUGCCAUCAUCCAUCUCUUGGGGGUGCUCAUCAAGAAAUACAACCACAUGCUAGGUGCCAGUGUGAAGGUCAUCCAGUUGCUGCAACACUUUGAGCAGCUGUCCACCGUGUGCGCGCAGGCGGUCUCUGUGUGGAGCAUGGAGUACGGUGUCAAGGCUGUCGUCGGGGAAGUCAUGAGGGAGAUCGGUCAGAAGCCCUCUGAGGAGCUCAGCAGGGAGGGUUCAGGCGUCAAGGCCUUCUCCUCCUUCCUGUCGGAGCUCAGUGCGCUAGUGCCUGAAGCCAUGAUCCCCAACAUCAGUGUACUUCUCGCUCAUCUGGAAGGAGAGAGCCCCAGCAUGCGUGUGGCUGUGUGUGAGGUGCUCGGGGAAGUGCUGGUUCGGGUGCUCAGUGGUGAUGGGCUGGACGACUCUGGGCGGGCCGACAGGGACCGUUUCCUGGACACCCUACAAGAGCACCUGCACGACACACACUCCCACGUCAGGUCCCGUGUACUGCAGGUCUACACGCGCAUCGUCAACAGCAAGGCUCUACCCCUUACCAGGUACACAGAGGUCAUGAGCUUGACAGUGUGUCGGCUGAUGGACAAGUCAGUCAACGCGUGCAAGAGUGCCAUCCAGCUGCUGGCUGCCUUCAUUGCUCAUAACCCCUACAGCUGUAAGCUGAGCAGCGCUGAUCUGAAAAAACCCCUGGAGAAGGAGACUGCUAAACUGGCAGAGCUCCGGCAGAAGGCUGCCACCAAAGUCCCUGUGGCUGUCAUCGAAGCCUCUGAGCUGUGGGAGGCCAUGGAGCCUGAGCUGCUGCAGACGGUGCAGGCUGAGCUGGAGGCCUGCGGUCAGGAUGGGGAGGGGGACGAUGAGGUCGACUGGAAGGGGGACAUGAAGGAAACUGACCAGGCCACUGCUGUGAGCGUCGCUCAGCUUCUCAGAGACAACAAGUACAGACAGGCCGUACGACUCUGUGUCCGAGCCAAUGGCACCUUCCCUGAUUCUCAGCUCUUCUGCGGCGUCUCCCCCCUCACUGUGGAGUCAGUUGUUGAUACACUGGGUCUGAUCUUCAAGGGUCCAGUGCAAGCUCAGUCUGAUGCCGAGGAGGUGCAGGUCUCCAAUCAGGCGGAAGAGGCAGCAGAGCUGAGCCACAGAGAUGAGGUGGAAGAGAGUGUGCUGAAGAAGCAGGAGAUGCUGGUUCAGUACCUGAGAGACACAGAGAGCUUUGUCCUCCAGGUGGAGAAGGCCAUAGCACUCAUUAACACCAUGCUGUACUGGAAGACCACCAGUGUGGUCCAGGAGGCGGUGCAGUUCUGCGUGACGGUGUGUGAGUUUGGUGUGGCCGACUCGCUGUCCGGCGUGCGGAAGAUGCUACCACUGGUGUGGUCCUCAGACCAGGCCGUGAAGGAUGCUGUGGUCCAGGCAUACAAGAGACUCUACCUUAAUCCUCAGGGGGACACCACACGGGCCAAGGCGCAAACUCUGGUGAAUAGCCUGUCAGAGCUGAUGGUGGAUGCUUCACUGGGGACCAUCCAGUGCCUGGAGGAGAUAGUGCAGGAGUUCUUCAGCAGCAGCUCCAGCCUGCAGACCAGUGUGGUGCAGCUCCUAUGGGAGAGAUUCACUGGGAAGCUGGAGAGCCGCAGCCUACAGCGGCGCGCCGCCGUCCUGUUACUGGGAAUGGCCGCACGGGCAGAGAGGGAGGUAGUGCUCAGUAACCUGGAUACGUUGUGCUCCGUGGCUCUUGGGGAGACGGUGGCUGAGGAUUACCUCCUGGCCAGAGAUACUGUCCUCACCAUCUGCAGCAUCACUGAUCACAACAGGCCAAAUAAAGGUGCCCCCCCAUUCAGGCUACCCCAAGACCACCAACUCUUCACCUGCCUCACCCAAGCCAUAGCUAAAGGCGUGUUGCUGACCGACCCCUACUGGCAUACCUUCAUGGAGCAGGCCAUCCGAGUCCUCUACUUCUUGGCUGAGUCCCCUGACCAGCUCUGCUCCCGGCUCCUCCAGCAAUGCUCACGUCUGCUGCUGGAUCAGAUUGCCAAGGGUGGUGAGGGCAGCAAAGAGGCUGUCCAGUCACAGGUUGAGACUGAGCAGGUCAACUGCGUCUCCCUGGCCCAGCUGCUCUCCCUCUGUGGCUGUGUGGCCUUCUGGCAGGUGUCGUACCUAGAGCGCAGCAUCAGUACAGAGCUGCGCAGGAGGAGAGGAGAGAAGGAGGACAAGGGCCCUUCUGCCAAAGCCAAGCAAGCAUCCAAUGACAGCUGCAUAGAGGAGGAGCUGGGAUUGGUGGGUGCCUCAGCCGAGGACACGGAGGCAGAGCUUAUCCGCAGGAUCUGCGAGACGGAGCUGCUGGCUGAGGAGAACCUGUUGGUGGCCUUCCUGCCUCUCCUGGUGAGGGUGUGCAGUUCCCCAGGGCACUACUCACACCCCCAGCUUUCGGUGGCCGCCUGUCUCGCCCUAGCGCAGUUCAUGAUGAUCAGCCCUUCUGUGUGUGAGGAGAACAUCCGGCUACUCUUCACGGUGCUGGAGAAGUCCUCCCUCCCUGUUGUCAGAGCCAACACCAUAAUCGCCCUGGGAGACCUCACAGUCCGCUUCCCGAACAUCCUUGAACCCUGGACACAGAACUUGUAUGCCAGGCUCAGCGACGACAGCCCGGCAGUACGGCAGACUGCUGUCACCGUGCUGACACAGCUGGUGCUGAAGGACGUGCUGAAGGUGAAGGGGCAGGUGAGCGAGGUGGCCCUGCUGCUCAUCGAUCCCCAGCGGCACAUCACCAGCCUGGCCCUCAACUUCUUCAAUGAGCUCGCCACCAAGGACAAUGCCAUCUACAACAUUCUGCCGGACAUCAUCAGCCGCUUGUCAGACCCGCAGCGUGGCAUGAACGAGGAAGACUUCAACACCAUUAUGAAGCAGAUCUUCUCCUACAUCACCAAGGAGAAGCAGACCGAGAGCCUGGUGGAUAAGCUGUGCCAGAGAUUCAGGACAGCAAGGACAGAGAGGCAGUGGUGUGACCUGGCCGUGUCUCUCUCGCUGCUCAACAUGUGUGAGCGUGGCUUCAAGCGUCUGCAGGAAUGCUGGGAAUGCUACAGCGACAAGCUUUCCGAGCCUGGCGUAUACCAGCCCCUGUUGGCCAUCGCAGCCCGCCUGCGCCGGGGGGCCAAGCCCCAGCUCAAGACCCAGGUGGAGGACUUUGAGAAGAAACUCACAGCGGUGCACACGCGCGGCCUGGAGAAUGUGGAGAGCGGUGAGGCAGACGGCCGCUCUGAGGUCGGGGAGACCCAACCAGCCCCUUUCACACCCCAGGCCGUGUGCAAGAAGAGCCACAAGCCCACAAGAGGCAAAGGGAAAGCCGGCCAGAACACCAGCGACUUCGCGACCCCCAGGGCCCGGCGGCGAGUUCCCAAGAAGGUCCACAUCUCCUUCAGCAGCGACGAGGAGGAGGAGGAGGAAGGGGAAGAUGAAGAUGGGGCCAUGCUGGCUGAGAGUGAGACUCCUAAGGUGACCACGCCCAUCUCCCGCUCCUCCCGACGGUCUCGCCUCAGGCACUGAUGCUUCAGCACUCUUGUCAGUCUUAUUUUAUUACUGUUUUUAUCUUCUAUAACAUUUUUGAAUGUCUUGUGCAGUGAUUUCUGUGUUUUUCCUCCCCGUACUAAAGUUGUAAUUAUGUGAUUUGAACUUAUUCUGUUUAAACCAAUAGAACAGCGAGUCAGAUAUUCCUCCUCUCAUAUGUAUACCCCACCGUUCUUCAUAUUAUUCCAUACGGCACCGCAAGGAAGUGUCUUGAAACGGGCUUUUGUUGCUCUGCUGAACAUUGUCUGCUCUCAGUAAAACACGUUAUUGCCUUGUUCAAAAUAAAUGGUCAAUUUUAAAACA